UUUCAGUUGAUAUCAGAGAGCCCAAUGGAGUCUUUUCAAGGACCUAGUCAGGGUAGCAGUGCGAACUUGUUACAAGUCCCCCCUGUAAAUGAUUUCUCUUCAGAGGACGAAGAUUUUAAACCUACCAUUAAACAUCGUUUCUCUCCGCUUCCCCGACGGCGGCGUUCUGUUUCUUCAGAGGAAGAUGAGGCAGAUACCCCAACCACCACCAGAAGAAAAGUUUCAUUUGCUGAUGCAUUUGGGUUUGAUCUUGUGUCUGUUAAAGAGUUCGAUAUGUGGGAUAUUCCAAAUACAGGACACAAUAAUGACAUUGAUGAUGACGUUUUCCCUCAGGAGGAAUUUUAUUUCUCUCAACUGUUUACGUUACCUGCUUCACAGGAAGAACUUUUACAUAAAGUGCGAGAGCAGAAAGUAUUGUUGGAGUCUGUCCUAUUCCUGCCUGGGAUUACCUGUAUGAACGGCAUUAUACGAGUCCUCAAUGUAUCCUUUGAAAAAAGGGUGUAUGUUCGAAUGACACUGAAUAACUGGCUCAGUUUUUGUGAUAUCCUCGCAGAGUUCAUGCCUAAUUCUUGUGGUAGUGAAACCGAUCAGUUCUGCUUUAGGAUUUCUCUGAUGCCUCCUUACCAGAAAGAUGGAGCUAAGGUGGAGUUCUGUAUACGCUAUGAAACAUCGGUUGGUACCUUCUGGGCAAACAACAAUGACGAAAACUACACACUGAUUUGUCGCAAGAAAGAAACUGCGCCCAAGGUGGAUAAUAAACAACAGAAAGAGGUUACUGAUAGACAUCUUAAAGGCUGCUUAAAGACAACACAAAGCAGCAAAGAAGAAAUAUUGGCAACCUGUGACAAUGACAUGUGGAAUAAUUCAGGGACUUCAGACAUAAACAUCCCAGAGAUCACGUAUUCACAAGCAGAAGAUAAAGACACCAAACCACCUAAUGAAAAUACAAAAGAUAAAAAUGCAGAAUAUAACCAGGAUGAUCAUGUAGAUGAUGAAAAAGAAUUAGAAUUACUGCUAAAUCAGCACUUCACAGGAGCUAGAGCUACUUCUUCCAGAGAUGAAAGGAAUUUAUACACAACAGAAUCAGUUAAUUUUCCAAGUGAAAUGGAAAGAUUGGAGAAAAAGCUAACCUGUAUAGAAAGAAGCAGUGACUUGCUAAGGCACCCUGUGCCUAUCAGUUCCCCAUCUGAAAACACUUCACAAGAGACAGGAGAAGAAUUAAAAGCUAAAGUUAAGUAUUCCCUAAGAGAUUAUAAUAGUCAGUCAUCAGGGAAGGAAGUCACUGCUGGCUUGGUAAACAGCGGUGAGUGGUCUUUGGAAUGUACUAGUGCCAGUGAAAGCCUUUUAUCAGAAAAAUAUGUUCCUGGGACAAAGCAGAAUGAGGCUGUUGAUACUGUGGCUACUGUCUCAAGCCGACAAGAAGAGAGCCAUGCAGAUAUUUCAAAAGGUGAAACAGACAGUGCCUCAGGAAGUAAGAUGAUGGAGAGGUUAUUCAUCAGUGAGGAUUCCACUGAUAACUCAAAAGAGGCCUGUGAAACGAGACCAAAAAUCAUUUCUCCAGAGCAUGAUGAAUCCAUGCAAUUAAAUGCAUGCAUAGCAGGGACGCUGGAUGACAAUGCUAAUCCAGCUCCAGAGCCACAAAUGUCUCACCAAACUCAGGAUACAUCAUUGUCAGAUGCUGACAAAAAUGAAGGAAAAAUCAAGAUGAUUGAAAGCAAAGUUCGGGUACAUUUAAGAGGAGAUUUAUAUGCCGACACUUUUGCACAUGGUGAUGUCUCAAUAGAUUCCACAAAAAGCCAGUAUAUGCAAAAAAAAGGAGUUGGUGAAAUGUCAGGAAAGAACUAUAACAGUGAUGGAGGGAAGGAAAAGAAAGUAAUUGAAGUAGCCGACUUAGCACUAAUCGGUGAGGAGGAAGUACCCAAGCCUUUCAAGUCACACAGAAAACACAGAACCAAAGCAUCGAGCACAAGACCUCUGCCAGCAGAAGGCAACAAACAGGCACCCAGGCCUGCACAGGUGCCUCCCCCAGCACCCUCUCCAGGGGAUGAGAGGAGAGUUGAAGACACGUGGGAGCGCAGAGGAUUCAGAAGGUUAAAAGACAGAGGAAAGUCAGACAACACAAACAAAGGAAGUCUGACAGGAAAGGAAAGCAACACAGACCCUGUGGAGCAGAGGUGGCAAGUACUGGGUAGUGAGGUUCUGUGGGGAGUGGAGGGGAACACGGGGCCUCAGAUUAUGGCUUCCACAAAAGGGUUGUUUACCUGCCAGGAGGCAGAGAGUUGUGAAAAGUCUUCUGUCUCCAGGCAGGGUAUUACAGAGGAAGCAGAGGCAGGUACAGCUUAUACAAUUAAAACAACAUCAGAAAGUGCUUCAGAAAAAAUGUCUUCCAGUGAAAAAGCAGUAAUUGCUAAGCUACCUCGAGAGACUGCAGUAAGUGACAGGCCCACAGAGGAAAAGGAAACAGCGUUUGAUACACAUGAAGGGAGAAAUGAUGGUUCACAUUAUGCUCUUUGUCAACUCAACACAGUGGGUGUAUUAUAUGACACUGAAUUUGAAAAGAAAUCAGUUUUAGAUAUUUAUAAUGCACACGUACAUGAAACACUGCAAGGAGAAACGAUGUCUGUGUGCAAUAGCAGGGAAAAACGUGCCAAAGCACAACCAGACAUCAGCAAUAUUCUACCUGUAGGAGAAGCUACAAAGCUUUCUGCUACAGGAAAGAAAGAAGAUGUGCAGCAGGGUUUAUUUUCAGAAGUAUCUAAACAUCCUCCGAGUGCCCAGAAGCAUCUGUACAGUGAGGAAAAAGGAGCACUCUGUAGGGAAGAAAGCCAUGUUGGUGCACUUUCAUAUUUAAGUGCUGAAGCUGAAACAAAAAUGCCACCUUCUGGUACAAAUGCUGUGACCAGUUAUCAUUACAAAAGUUCUUUAGGGGCAUCUUCUGAGGGGUCUACUGUGACAGGAGAUAUGGAACAUCUGUAUAGACAAUUUGAAUUCAGAGUUGUUGACAAGGCUGCUCCUGAGUCAGGUUAUGAUUUAAGUCUACCAAAUGAAAUGACAUGUAUUAAUAAAAAUCUCUCUCCUGAAGCUGAAAAAAAGCAUGUACCUUCCACUUCAGACAUAACAAUUUCUAGAGACAGAAGAGGAAGGAAUACAGGUCAAUGUUUCCAUCAAGCAGAGUUUAAACAAGACAAGUCAUCCAAGCCAGAGGUUUUAAUUAGUAAGCCUACUGAAGAAGUUGGAGGGACAGGUGCUCGAUCUGACCAUUUAACAACGGAAGGGAAAACACCGAGUUGGCUUGAUGACUCUCAGAAGGAAAGCCAGCACAUUUCUGAUAAUUCUAAUCAGAAUAGUGAAUCCCUUAAGUUACCUAGUGAGUCUCCAGGUUUAAAACAUAUUGCUUUUAAAAUACUUUAUUUCUUAUGCUUUACUUUUUUUGCUGCAACACUCUACCACUAUGAUUUGAUGGUUUGUCUUGCACUCUACCUGUUCUCCUUGUAUUGGCUGUACCGUGAAGGAAGAAGAAACCAGGAGUCUAUCAAGAAGGAAUAGCAUUAAUUGCCAACUGUGCUCAAAAUCUGUGGUCAAUACUCUCCAACUUCUCCAAAGCAUUUUCACUGUUAAAGAGCUUAUUCAUUACUAGAACCAAAGCAAGUUUUCCACUGAAGUAUCUUUUUUUAAAAGAUUACAUAUGAAGUUGAGCCUUCAUAUAAGCAAUUAUACUAUCCAGGACCAUUAUGUUUGGAUCAUUAAAUACCUACAUGAAUAUGAGUUCUGAAGCACAUCAAGUUAAAAUGAAGUACAGCUGUUGCUCCUUAGCAAGAUAUGAAGAAGCAAUGCUUCAUAUCUCUUUAAUACUUAAACCCACUAUUUUCUUGCAUAGAUUUCUUUUGCAGUAAAGCUUUGAUUUUUUUUUUCGGGGAGUUUUUUUCUAAGGUUUUGUGUAGUACAUAACAACAUAAGGAAUGGUAUAAAAACUAACUCAGUAUUUAUAUACUGACAUUGUAGUUGAUAGUCUGCUACUGUAAUUAGCCAAUGCUCUAAGAAAUAUGACAUCUGUUGACAGGUUAACACUUUUUUUCCAAGUUUUUAUUUAAUUGCCACCUAGAGCUCCAGUGAUACCCAUGGUAGAAAAAAUUAAGGCUUUGACUUCAGUAACAUCAUGCAACUUUAAGAAUUCAACUGUGUAGCAGAAUAGGUGUGCUGUUCCCACUGUGAAGAGAUUGAAGGCCACAGGCCUAUUACAUUCACUCACAUGCACAAUUAAUUUUUUUGGGUUUUGUAAAUGAGGACUGUAUUACACGACUGAGGAUUUCACUGAGAUACAUGUUAUUCCAGGUUAAGCCUUUGAAUGACAUUUUUUCAUCAGUGUUGCUUGAGCAUAUGUACAAAGCAUUAAAUGAAUUUAAAUAAAUUUUACAAAGGA